CUGACUUGCUCGACCGCUUGCGCGACACCGUUCACAAGUGCCCCUCGUCCACCGACACGCCCUCCCACCUCGACACGCUCUUCUCCUUCCUCGAGCCCGACUCGUCCACCUCGUCCCCCUCCCUUCCCGCUCGCCAACUCGCUUACCUCGAGGCUCUCGCGACUCUCUCGCCUUACGACGCAGGCGGAUGGGAGGAGAAGGCUGCCCAGGGCGUAGUCUGGACGAAGGAGGCGCUCGAGCAGCUCGUUGAGGUUCUCGAGAAGGUGGGCACCGGAACGACCGCGGACUUGGGCGAGGGUGAAUUGGACGGCGAGAGUGCGAGGAAGGACGUACUGAGUGCGAGGGCCGUGAGCUGGCUGGAGGGUAUCGCGGAGCAUGUUACCAGGCAACUUCGGGAGAUGAAGGACGUGAAGGGUAAGGGAAAAGCUGUCGAAGGACACUCCUCGUCCUCCGCCAACUCCCACCCGCAACCAAACCUCCGCCUUCAGCAACAAGCCUCUCCCGACUUCCCUUUCGGCAGGCUCGGAGCGGACGAGGCGCUUCGCACGAACGGCAUCGCAUCAACCUCAACCUCCGGUUUCCAGCCGAACUCUUCGCAGACCCUCGUGGCUGGCAUUGGACCGUCUUCGCUCGGCAACGAGCCCUCCACCCACCCUUCCUGCCGUCGAGACUCGUCUCGUUCGAACGAAGCGAACGGCGCAAACGCCGAAGGCCCACAGCAAGUCGACCCGAAGGACCCAGCCAACCUUCUCACCUCCUCAGGCCGCCGCGUCCUGGUCUACCAGCGCAUCGAGCGCUGCAUGGAGCCGCCCGAGUGGUAUACGCUGGGCGAGAGCGGCGAGAGGCGGGUCAAGGAGGAAGACGGAGAGGAUGGCACCGCUUGGCUUGGCGAAAAGGACGGGGUCGGCACCAAUGGAGACGCGAAGACGGCAGAGCGGGUCGAAGAAGUGCAGCAGAGAGGGAGGAGCGAUUGGGCGCCGAGUCCGUCGAGCGAGCGCAAAGCGCGCGAGGCUGCGUUGCAGGUCGAGGACGAGCGAGCGGACGACGUCGAAGAGGUCCUCGAGGAGCCGUCGCCUGCUCAGAAGCUCCGCGACGGUGCCGAAGAAGGCGGAGCGCAGCCGAAUGGAGUCCCAGGGGCGCAGGACGAUGCGCAAAAGAACGGAGCUCCAGCGAAGAAGGCUCACCUCACAUCGCCAGCCAGCCAGCACCAACGCUCGCCUUCCGACUCGUCCGUCGCUCGCUCCCCAUCCCGCUCGCCAACUCCUCCGCCCGCUCAGCAGCAGCAGCAGAAGAAGGUGCUGCGCCAGAAGCCGCUCGUCAAGAAGGCGCAGGCUGGGCUGUUCAAGCCGCCGAGCGAGGUGGACGAAGACGAGGCUGAGGAUGCGACGUUGUCUAAGGAUAAAAAGGGUAAGGGGAAGGCCGUUGCGCCGGCUUCGAAGAAGCGCGAGCGCGAGGAGCAGGACGAGGAGUUGGAUGAGCUGGAGAGCGAUGUCGACGGCGAAGUCGAGGCGAGCGGCAAUGAGCAGAACGAGGACGGCGGCGCAUCGACAUCGGCGAAAGGCGGCAAGCGCAAGAAGGUCGUCGCCGCGCCUGCGAAGAAGCGGCCGCUGCCGACGGUCAAGAAGGCGGGGGCUGCGACUCGCUCGUCGCCUCGCAAGGCCGCCUCGGCGUCAAGGGCGGCGCUCUCGACCUCGACCUCGAAAACAGUCAAGAGGAAUGUCUCGCGCUCCUACACGUCGUCUGAGGAGGACGAGGUCGAUCAGCUCGCGACCGACGAGGAGCACGACAACCCGAGGAAAACGUCAAGCAGCACCAGCGCGUCGGCCGCUCCGUCGCCGAAGGCUGGGAAGAAGGCUGCUCCGGCGAAGAAGUCGACGCCUGCGCCGGUGAAGUCGCAGAGGCCGGUCAAGGAGGGGUCGAGGCGUAGUGCGAGGAUGUCGAGCGAAGCGCCGGGCGUCAAGAAGGAGGAAGAGGUGUUUGUCGAGGCAGGGACGAUCGGCUUCGCUGUCCAGCGUACCGCAGGAUCGCGCUGCUGGCCUGUCUGGGUGCGCCGUGAAUUCUUGAAUCCCCUAUCCACCUCGCACGCAUUGACGAGUCGCGCUGCGCAGAUCUUGCAAUCAGACGAGGACGGCGUCGUCUUCUGCCCGCUUCCUGGGACCCGCCCCAUCGCCGACGCAGAACCGGUCAUCUGCGCCAACUCGCUCCAGCUCGUCUCGAGCCCGCCGAUUGCGCCGGUUCCCGACGGGACACCCAUUCUCGACACCGCCAAGGCCAAGGCCCUCAAGCUCGCGCAGGAGCUCGCAGCCGACAAGCGCGAGCUGAGGAAGUGGGUCGCGAGGGUCGAGAAGGUGUGGGCGGAGCAGGAGGAGGAGGAGUCGGAGUAA